ACACCAGCCAAGGGAAAAAGAUACUCCCACACAAGACAAGCGUCGAUUGCCCCCCAUCCGUGGCUGCGCGUCCGCCGGUGGCCGGGGGUUCUAAUCCGAGCGAUUCCCAAUCCCAACCGCCGCUGGAAGACCCCGCAGCUCCACGACAGCGCGGGCAGAGGCAGACAUGGCGCCCGUGCUACCUGCACCGGCGGCGGCGGCGGCGGCGGCUCCUCCUCCCUUCUGCCGUGUCUCUCUCCCGGCCCGCAGCGCUUUCCCCUCCUCCUUCCCCGUCAGAAGCCUUGGCAGGUUUGCAGCCAGGAGCAGCGGCGGCGGCGGCCGUCCCGAGCCCAAAGCAGGUGAUGAAGAGAGCAAGGCCGUCCUCGACGCCUUCUUCCUCGGGAAGGCCUUGGCGGAGGCUCUGACGGAGAGGGCCGAGUCGGUGGUGGGCGAGGUGUUCAGCGUCGUCGGGCAGUGGCAGGCGGAGCAGCAGAAGCAGGUCCAGGAAUUUCAGGUCUUCAAGGGAAGAGCAGAAGAACUGCAGACUAACACAGAUUAUGUUUGGACAUUCUUGCCUAUAAAAUGCACUAUGUUCCCACUGAUGGACUGAUGAUAUUCAGAACUUGCCAAAAUCUUGUGAAGAUAGACGACAGGUAAUUAAAGUGUUCUUAUUAUUUUUAUUCCGUACUAUCAUUAAAUUGUAACUAAUUUUGUUAUACAUUGCAUAACUGCUGAACUGCGGAUGAGAAUGAUGUUUCAACUUCUAGUUUGCUUUGUUGAUUCUUUUUAGAUGCUUAUGUGAUGAAUUCUUGGAGUUAGAGCAUAGUUAUAUAGCGAUGUUAGGAAUUUGCAAAGUAAUUUUGCAUAUGAAUUUUCUC